AUGCUCGCUACCUUUGUUCUGUUCGCAUUGAUUCAAGGCAUUUUGCCUACAAGAGGAGAUGUUCGGAGGAUUGCGAAGAAUCCCAUCAACUCUGGGAAACUCGCUUACACUGGAUGUCCUGAAAAUAACGAUUUUUACUAUGAGGGCGUGAUUUCUUCUCCGUACUAUCCGAAUCAGUAUCCACCGAACACAGAAUGUUACUACUAUAUAACCGCAGAACCUGGCAAGUUAUUGAGGUUCAAUUUCACACAUUUUGACUUGGAAUCAUGCUGUGAUUAUGUUACAAUCUAUGAUGGAAGAGAUCAAAGGAGCCCGAAGCUAGUACAAUUCGGCGGUCCAAACACUGGAAUACUCGUUCCGAAUGGGACCUAUACGACAACUCAGAGAUACGCUCUGGUCACCUUUCAGUCUGAUCCUAUUGUUCAACAAACAGGAUUCCAAUUUAUAUACGAUUCAGUGUACACUGCGAGUCCAUGCGAUCGAGAUAUCGUACUAAUGCUGAGCGGUUUCUCAACAGUCGGUACACAGGACAACUUUGUCAAACAACUGCAGUUUGUAGCCAACGUUCUGACUCCAACAUGGAAUGUUGCUCUAAACAAAAUUAGAGUUGUAAUCAAUCUUAUGGUAAGCGCUGACUACGCUCUUGCCUGGGCUGCUGAUGAUGUGCCGGACAACCAAAAACUCACUCAAACAAUUCUAGGAAUGACAAAAUAUAUCCCUGAUGUCACUCAGAACAACAAGACCGAUCUCUCAUGUAUCUUCCAAUACGCUCAGCUAGAUGUUGGUCCUGAUUCUAGUGAAAAUAUGGAGAGAGAAGGCAUCAGCAAGGUCGUUAUCGCGUUUGUUCCACAGAAUCCAAACGACGACCAGGAUUUCUUCGAAGCUAAAGAGUUUGCACACACUAUUCAUAACGUGGAUGACACUAAACUGAUUUUGGUUGCAAUGGGAAGGAAUCUUGACGUUCCACGACUUGGUCAAUUGAGCUAUGGUAGCGGGUUCACUUUAUCCGCCGACUAUGACAGUCUAUCUAGUUUGGUCCCAGCCCUGAAUAAGGCCAUUUGUGCGGAUCUAUCUACCUCCUGUGGUGCAUAA